UUAUGAUGAUUCGCUUAUUUCCGGUAUAAGUUGAAUACGCACUUCCUUUUUCCGGUCGACCAAGCCAAUAACAAAAUGAGCGAAGGUGCGGCCACGAUCCGAACACGGAAGUUUAUGACCAACCGCCUGCUAUGCAGGAGGCAAAUGGUUGUUGAUGUUGUUCACCCAGGUAGGGCAACCGUUCCCAAGACGGAAAUUCGCGAGAAGCUUGCAAGAAUGUACAAGACGACUCCCGAUGUCGUAGUUUGCUUUGGAUUCCGAACGCAGUUUGGAGGUGGAAAGACAACAGGCUUUGGGCUUGUUUACGACACUUUAGACUUUGCCAAGAAAUUUGAACCAAAGUACCGAUUAUCAAGGCAAGGAUUAUAUGAAAAGGUGGCAAAGCCUGGAAGGAAGCAGAGGAAAGAAAGGAAAAACCGACAGAAGAAGGUUCGAGGUACAGCAAAGGCAAAGGUUGGAGCAGGAAAAGACAAAAAGCGUUGAAGCAGUUUAUUACAACAGUAACCCAGAUGGAAGAUCAUUUCUGUGGUUUUGUAUUAAAUUAAAACUAUUGGGGAACUA